AUGCCAUAUCUGUGUUUACCUACGUCCUACUAUGACAUCCUACGGGAUGCGCCGGAAGUCGCUCGACUUUGUCGAAGGUGUUCGUGCUGCGAGAACAAGAGACUGAGAGAUUAUGCCUUAGCAGGCAUUAGAACAGAGGAACUAGAGACUAGAGAAUUACUGGGGACUUAUGCCUUGCAGGCAUGGGAGCUAAGCACCGACAUACUAAAUGAUACUUGGAGUUUAUGCCUGAUAGGCAUGAGAGCAGAGGGCCAGACUACUCUUCGGUGGCACUCACCUCCGGCGAAGUUUACAAUGAGGCGGACCACUUUCAGAGGGGUCGUCACCUGGCGGCCUGUGAAGCCACAUGGAGGAUUCUGGGCUACAACAUCUCCGACAAGGACCCCGGUGUGGAAUGCCUCCCGAUCCACCUCCCCGGCCGCAACACCAUCCAGUAUGGGACGACUCGAGCUGAUUGAUUCUGCCGUGUCAGAAGGACAAUCAACCUACGUGUUCAUCAACGGGAAAGCUGGACGGGGGAAGACUUACUUGGUGGCGGCACUUCUGGACAAGUUCCGCUCUGAGGGACGAAUACCGUUGGUUGGUGCUUCAUCGGCAUUUGCUGCUGUCCUAUAUGAAGGUGGCACAACAAUCCACUCCCUGUUCAAGGUCCCCGUCAACGAGCGCAACGAGGAGCUGGAGUCUAUGGUCAGGUUGGGCACAGCAAGAGCGGACCUCAUACGGGAGGCAUGCUGCUUGUUCUGGGAUGAGGCCCCGAUGGCAAACAGCAGUACUGGCAUGUGUGGACGCCCUCCUCCGUCAGCUGGGGGAUCAACACCGGCCUUUUGGUGGGAAACCAUUUAUCCUGUUGGGUGA